CGAUUUCGCGAUAUUUACGCGUCGACUCGCGAGCGGAGAAAAAAAGUGCGGUGAGGAAAUUGGACGAGAGAGAGAGAGUGAGAGAGGUGAGACACCCGGUGCGAUGCGUGCUCCGUGCUCGCGCCAAAGAUGCCCAUUAUCCCGCGUUUGUUUACCCACACGACGAGAUUCCGCCGAUUCUGCUGAGAAGUGAUCUCCCGCGCGCGCAUAACCGCGGUAGCGGGAGCACACAGUGAAUUCCGUACCUACGUACCUAUCUACGGACGACCGGACCGACCGGCCCCCGUUAAGGCUUCGUUGAUUUUUUUUUUGGUUGGUGAAAAGACGAGGAAGAGAGAAAAAGACGAAGAGGCGCGGAACACGUAUAAAAAUUGCGCCAAGGGGUGAAGGAGGUGGAGGAGGAGGAGAAGGAGGAGGAUCCGAGUGUUGUAUGUGGAGAAAGAGAACGAGAAAGUAAGAGAGAGAAAAAGAGACAGUGAGAGCGAGACAGUGCGUGAAACAGAGGGAGCGCGAACGCGCGAACGGAAGAGGAACAGAGAGAGAGAGAGGCGGAGACGGUGUAUGUGCGUCGUGUAUACGUGUGUGUGCGCGUGAGAGACGGAGAGAGGCGACGAGAUAGAUAGAGAAGGAGAGCUUUUGUGGUGUAAGGGUCGAUUAUAUCGCCGUCGACAGAGGCUCGACUGCGAGGGAAGGAAACUACUGGUGAUACGGCUAACCGCGAGGAGGGUGCGCGAGGAGGAGAGCCCGCGAGUGAGGAGGCUCCUUUUAGCGGUGGCGGACCGAGUGACCGCACGCGGCACGGCGCGGCGCGAACGUUACAUUACUUGUCGCGGAGCCCGCUCGCGCGCGGGGAAUGCGUUAUGUAUUUACGUAGAAUAUUGCGUAACGUACAGGGGGCCGGCUAGUGUGUUUGGGAAAAACGCGCGCGCCCGCGCGCCACCGACGACUAAAAAUCCUCGCUUUCGUUUAUAUACUCGCGCGUUUACCGAAUUUUCCGCGAUUCCGGGGGACGGUGACGGUGGAGGAGGAGGAGGAGGAGGAGAAAAAAAAGAAAAAGAAGAAGAAGAAGUGCGGGUUGUGAUUGACUGUACCGGCGCAAGUUUCGCGCGUGCAUACGCAGCAGGAAUCUCCAAGCAACCCGGCCGCCGCCGCCGACGCGAUCGAAAGUUUCGGGGGAGCUGAAUAGAGAGGAGAGCUCGGCUCUCUUGGCUCGGCGACGCCAGUGUACUACACUCGCGGCAAGGGACGUAUCUCGACGCCACACCAUCUCCGCUACCUCGUCGUGUCCGUCGUCGCGCUUGUGCGACAAAACUACGUAGGAGAUAGGGACGCAGGACGUUUUCUCAGAUGGAAAUUGCACUUCCAAUGUGAUUUGCAAUGAAACGUAUUCGUGGACUAGACGACGUAGCAUCACCACCAGCAAGGCACUCAACGGUGAGUGCGGGAAGCGGCUUAGGUGGUGGAGGUAGCUUAGAAUAUCAUACAAGCAGUGGGAUAGGUGUUGUUGUACCUGGUCAAGCAGUUCGAUCUGUUGCUUCAAAAGAAAUGCCAGGAAGUAUACAAUUUGGUACUGCCCAAGCUCAGCAGCAAUAUACCGGUGCAAUUGUUGUGCCAACGGCAGCACCAUCUCCUAUCAAACAGGCUAGUGGUUCUGCGGGAGGACUUAGUUCUACAUGUAGCAGUAGCAACAUAAAUAGUGGUGGUUUGAAUAGCGGAUUAGGUAGUGGCAAUAGUCAUACCAUGGCUUCCCAACAACCUGCAUCAGGAUCGCAAAAUCAAGUACAUACGCAACAGCAAUCGACAAUAAGGCAUAAGGUGCAUACUGGUAAUGUAACACCACUGGCUUCCACUCCACCUGGCUCCAACCAAGGAGGAGGAGGAGGAGGAGGAUCCCAGUUCCAAAGAUUAAAAGUGGAAGAUGCGCUAUCUUACCUAGAUCAAGUCAAAUAUAAAUUCAGUGAUCAACCACAGGUGUACAAUGAUUUCUUGGAUAUCAUGAAGGAAUUUAAAUCUCAAAGUAUAGAUACUCCGGGCGUUAUAACCCGAGUGAGUCAUCUGUUCAAAGGACAUCCCGAGCUUAUUGUUGGUUUCAACACAUUUCUCCCACCAGGCUAUAAAAUAGAGGUACAAGCAAAUGAACAAGGAUAUGCCUUUCAAGUGUCUGUCAGUAUGCCCAGUCCAACAGCUACGCACACAGCUACAUUAUCCCAACAUCAUUGUACAGUCAAUGUUGGUUCACCUCCUGUGGCUAGUCCACCUACACAGCCUGCAAAAGCACCCCCAGUUUUACAAAUAAUGCAAGGGUCGGGCAACAUACACCAUACUUUAGCAAACAGUAUUACGACUAACAGUUUAACUGUUCACGCGCCUUCACCACCGCCAGUACCAGUGUAUAAUAAUUCUCAUGUUAGUACUGCACAAGCGCAAGCUGUCAGUCAAGCUUUAAGUCAAGCGGAUGGUGUAUCAACUGGUGGGCAAACACAGCAAAGUCAGCCAGUAGAAUUCAACCAUGCGAUAAAUUAUGUUAAUAAAAUCAAGAAUCGUUUCCAAGGUCAACCAGAUAAAUACAAACGUUUCUUGGAGAUAUUACAUACGUAUCAAAAAGAACAGAGAAACUUAAAAGAAUCUGGACAUAUGGGGGGUACGAGUUCUGGCGCUACAAGUGGAGCAAAACAUUUAACAGAAGCGGAAGUUUACAGUCAAGUGGCUAAAUUAUUCGAGAAUCAAGAAGAUUUACUUGCUGAGUUUGGACAAUUUUUGCCAGAUGCUACUAAUCAACAAAGUUCGUUGUCUGCUAUGUUUCAGACUAACAAAACAACAUCGAUUAACGAUCAUACGGCGAUUGUUAAAAAACCAAUUGGACUCAAAACACCUUAUAACAAUUCUGGAACUAUUUCGAGAGAUCUUCGAGAAUCCGGCAGUACGGCCGGAUUGGAACGCGACAAUCGAGAUCAUAGAGAACGAGAACGAGAACGGGAUAGAUCGAACGUACGAGACAUCAAUAGCGGUCAGAAACUUGGACAUAGUACUGGGCAGUUGAAAAGGAGUCCAUCAUUUUCAACUUCGGCAACAGCCGGAAAUUCUCAUCAUGUACAACAUGGACCGCCGCCUUUGAAGAAACCAAAAGUUGCUUCAAUGCGUGACGUUACUAUAGCGGAAGCUGGCAAAUAUGGUACUUUGAAUGAUUAUGCGUUCUUUGACAAGGUUCGAAAAUCACUCAGAUCACAAGACGUUUAUGAGAACUUUCUUCGAUGUCUUGUACUUUUUAAUCAAGAAAUAGUAUCGAAAUCGGAACUUGUUUUGUUGGUGACACCAUUCCUUGGCCGUUACCCAGAACUCUUACGUUGGUUCAAAGAUUUCCUUGGUUAUUUACCAGCUGAUUCGUCUGCCACUAUAACGACAAACUCGGGUAAUGCAAUGGGAGUGGAGACUUUCCCAAACAGUGUUGUACGGAGCCAUCAGGAACGGCCGCAAAAUGACUUGGCGAUAGAAAUCGAUUAUGCAGCAUGCAAGCGAUUAGGAGCGUCAUAUUGUGCAUUGCCAAAGUCGUAUAUUCAACCAAAAUGCGGUGGCAGAACACAAUUAUGUAAAGAAGUUCUCAACGAUACAUGGGUCUCGUUUCCAACUUGGUCAGAGGACAGCACAUUUGUAACAUCAAGGAAAACUCAAUACGAGGAAUCUAUAUAUCGUUGCGAGGAUGAACGUUUUGAAUUGGACGUUGUUAUAGAAACCAACGCAUCGACAAUUAGGGUACUCGAAGGCGUUCAUAAAAAGAUGAAUAGAAUGAGUCAAGAAGAAGCGCAGAAAUAUAAGCUCGAUGACUGUCUUGGUGGUUCUUCCCCAACAAUUCAUCAACGAGCGAUAAAGAGGAUAUACGGCGAUAAAUCUCACGAUAUCAUAGAAGGACUCAAAAAGAAUCCUCAAAUAGCCGUGCCUAUUGUACUCCGUCGGUUGAAGGCUAAGGAGGAAGAAUGGCGGGAGGCGCAAAAGGGUUUCAAUAAAAUCUGGAGAGAACAGAACGAAAAAUAUUACUUAAAAUCCUUGGAUCACCAGGGAAUUAACUUUAAACAAAACGAUGUAAAAGCAUUGAGGUCUAAAAGCUUGUUCAACGAAAUCGAAACCAUAUAUGAUGAGAGACACGAACAAGGUGAUGACGGUAAUGGUGAUGGUCAGGGAAAUAGUGGUCCACAUCUCAUUCUACCAUACAAAGACAAAUCUGUAUUAGACGAUGCAGCUAAUCUUUUAAUUCAUCAUGUUAAACGGCAAACCGGUAUUCAUAAAGAAGACAAGCAGCGGAUAAAACUUUUAUUGAAACAUUUCAUACCUGAUCUCUUUUUCCAUACACGACAAGAACUUAGUGACGAUGAAAGGGAUGAAGAUGAUGAAAAAGAUAUAAACGUGGCAACGUGUAACAAUUCCCAGUCCUCGACGACUACUUCGUCGUUAAGUGGCCUGCAAGCUAAUAGAAGUAAGGCUCCCGUAUCGCCAAAUACGUCUUCCACCUCCGCCAAAAAUGAAGCCGAUAUCAAAGUACCUAUACAUGCUCUCUCGAAUGAUCCCGAGGAGGCAUAUACACUUUACAUGGCCAGUAAUAAUUGGUACCUCUUUUUGAGGUUACAUCACAUACUCUGCGAGAGAUUGACGAAAAUGUACGACAGAGCAGUCGUUCUCGCUGAGGAGGAGUCAAAAUAUAAGCAGCAACGCAAGGAGAGUACAGCGAUCGCUUUAAGAUUAAAACCAAAAAGUGAAAUUGAAAUUGAGGAUUAUUAUCCCGCCUUUCUGGACAUGGUAAAAAAUGUUCUUGACGGAAAUAUGGAAAGCACAGCGUAUGAGGACACGUUACGAGAAAUGUUUGGUAUACAUGCCUACAUUGCCUUUACUCUUGAUAAGAUCGUAACUUACGCUGUGAGGCAAUUGCAGCACUUAGUCACAGACACCAUAUGCCAGCAAUGCAUGGAAUUAUUCCAAAGAGAGCAACGUCAACCUAAAGAAAGCAGCGGAGCUGGCGGGUUGUGCGCCACGGCAUAUAUGAGGCUAAGUGCUGAAUUAGCAUAUCAACGCAAAGCGGAAAAAACAAUGGUCGAUGAAAAUUGUUUCAAAAUAUAUAUAUACAAGAAAGACUGUAAAAUGACAGUGGAGUUGUUAGAUACAGAGGGCGACGAAACGGUGGAUAGUGGCUGUAGAGAGAGAGAAAGGGAAGGCGUGACAGUUUCUGAAAAAUGGUCGACAUACGUUGAGAGAUUUUCUGCACCAGCUGGUCAGGCUAGCCCAAAAGACACUCCUGCCUUAACAGAGAAUGAGCCGCCGAUCCAUCCUGUGAGUAGCGACCAGGCAGCAAGGGGGGGGAGGGGCAGAAAACGCAAGAACACUGACAUUAGCAAGAAGAUGGACGGAAAUAGUUGGAGUUCCUUAGGCAGAGCUUCGGCGGGACGUAAGCCCAUCUUUCUCUAUCGUAAUAUUAAGUCUUAUCGAAAACACGCUGCGAGAUUAGCGAAAGAGAAACAAUCUUUGCUUAACGCCAAUCAUCCGGAGAGAGUCACAGAAUCGGUCGACGCUCCCGACAUUAUUAAUUCCGAUGAGACGCAAUGUAGAUUUAAUCCCAACAGCUAUACUAUGCUUUUCAUUGUUCAUAAGGACAGGUUUCUUUACAAACAGAAGUCCAUUAAUCGCGCGAGGAUGUCUCAUCCAGCUGUAACGAAGCGUAUGGACACGAAAUUCCACCAUUGGCACGCAUCGUGGAUAUCGAAAAAUGGCACGGACACUCAACAUAGAUUGUGUCAGGAUUGGCUAAUGGGACGAUACGAGAACUUGAUUCCCCAUAGGACACGAGUUGUAACGGACAAUGAUCAGACACGUUCUCCUUAUCGGCAAUACAAUCGUUUCAAAGUAGAACGUCUGCAAUCUGAUUUAUUGACUUCGGAGUCUUGCGUCUAAUCUUAUUCAGAAUUUCUUUUGUUAUUAAAAAUUUUCCAAUAUCGCUAUACUUGGCACAAUUAAUCUCGUAUUAGCUCUUUUUUUUUGUUUUGCAGCUACUAAUGUGCGACGGAUUCGGAUACGAUUUUUACUCGGGACAGAAAUUUUUGAAACCUGAUUUUGUUUUUAUGCAAGAAAGCAAAUAUGAUUUUAUUUUAUACAGACAGCACUCGAUAUUCAAAAAAGUUUAAACUGGUCUUCGAUUAAAAUAAUAUUGAUUUGAAGAGUGUACUUGGUCAAUAUGUGACUCUCCAUGUUAUAUAUUAUAUAUAAUAUU